AUGGCGUCUGUGGAAACAAAGGUUAAAUCCGUCGAGGAAUCGGAGCAACUCGACGACAAGGAGGAUGUGGACGAUGAAGUCGUGGACGAGAAUGCACCCGCCGGAAAAAAGAAGAAAAAGCGUUCAAGGAAACCGAAAAAGACUGCCGCGGAUUUAGCGGAUGAUGAUGCUUUGCGCGAAGCCUUGGAAGAACGAAAAGCAGAGGACAAGAAGAUCGCGGCUGCCGAGAAGGCUGCCAAGGAACAGUCUAAGAAAAAUCAGAAACCUUCAGCUCCUGUCGAAGCGGAUGGAGGCGAUGGAGAGGGUGACGAUGAUGGCGAUGAGGAGGACGAUGGCACAGCUGCAACCGGCGCAGAUGGGAAGAAGAAGCGAAAGAAGCGAAACAAAAAGAAGGCCGGGGGAUCCGAGGCGGCAAAUGUGCUAGUGGCCCCGUCGGUCCCGGUUGCGGAACAGUUUCCCGAUGGCAAAUUCCCCGAGGGUCAGAUUAUGCAGUAUCCGGAUUCGACCACGGCCAAGGACCGCUUCACGAGCGAGGAAAAGCGCGCCCUCGAUCGCAUGCAUCUGGACAUCUACAACGAGCUAAGACAGGCGGCGGAGGCGCACAGGCAAACGCGGCAGUACAUGCAGAAGUGGAUCAAACCGGGCAUGACGAUGAUUGAGAUUUGCGAGGAGCUGGAGAACACGGCUCGCCGUCUAAUCGGGGAGCAAGGGCUAGAUGCUGGACUGGCUUUCCCGACCGGCUGCUCGAGGAAUCAUUGCGCGGCGCACUACACGCCGAAUGCCGGCGAUCCGACGGUGCUGCUGUACGAUGACGUGACCAAGAUCGACUUUGGCACACACAUCAAGGGGCGCAUCAUCGACUGCGCAUUCACGCUGUCGUUCAACCCGAAGUACGAUAAGCUGCUGCAGGCGGUGAAGGAAGCCACUGAGACCGGCAUCCGGGAGGCGGGCAUUGACGUGAGGCUAUGUGACAUCGGUGCUGCCAUCCAGGAGGUGAUGGAAUCGUACGAGAUCGAGUUGGACGGCAAGACGUACCAGGUGAAGAGCAUCCGGAACUUGAACGGUCACUCGAUCAGUCCGUACCGGAUCCACGCGGGCAAGACGGUGCCGAUCGUGAAGGGCGGCGAAACGACGCGCAUGGAGGAGAACGAGUUCUACGCGAUCGAGACGUUCGGCUCGACCGGCCGGGGCCUGGUGCAUGACGACAUGGACUGCUCGCACUACAUGAAGGACUUUGACGCACCGAAAGUGCCUCUGCGGCUGCAAUCCUCCAAGCAGCUGCUGGGACUCAUCAACCGCAACUUUGGCACGCUCGCUUUUUGCAAGCGCUGGCUGGACCGCGCCGGAGCCACCAAGUAUCAGAUGGCCCUGAAGGACCUGUGCGACAAGGGUAUCGUGGAGGCGUACCCACCGCUGUGUGAUGUCAAGGGAAGCUACACGGCGCAGUACGAGCACACCAUUAUGUUGCGCCCCACCUGCAAGGAAGUCGUCUCUCGCGGUGACGACUACUGAGGUGGAUCGUCGUGCGUGGACCGUGCAUCUAUUCCUCCACAUCGCGGCUAUAAUUGCGGCCAAUCGGCUGGUGAACAAAGAGGAGAACAUCCCCAGGAGGCCAUUGCUCCCGUACAACUUUUCUAAGGUCAACAGCAGGGGGGGGGGGGGGGCAACUCGUGUUCUCGUCCCUUUUUACCAUCCUCAUGCAGUCAGUGUUAUUUUUGGAGCAUGC